AGACAACCCGACUUCAUUAAUUAACAGAGUUUCUGACAAUGAUAGUUAUAUUGCUGAUUUAACUUUUUUCACCUUUACAUUCAAGAAGAGAAAUAAGUGCCCAAAUUAAAAAAUAAUGGUGAGCCUAGUUAAGGAAACAAAAAUAGGUAACACUUACCGGCAAUGGAUUUUUGCCUUAUUAGCAAAUUUUACACUCUUUACGUAUGGAAUGGACUGUGGAUGGAUUUCGCCAAUGACUAAGAUAUUACAAUCAAACGAAUCUCCAACAGGACAAGCAAUUACUGACAAUGAUUUAUCUUGGAUAGCCAGUUCUUUGAGUAUAGCAGCAAUUUUUGGAGUAUCCAUCUAUACGUUUAUUUCGGAUUAUUUUGGAAGAAAGAUAAGCGUUAUAUGUAUUGCUGUUCCGCAAGCAAUUUCAUGGACCAUAAGACUAUGCUAUCCGACCACCAUUACAUUGAUUUUAUCAAGAGUUUUAUCAGGGUUAUCGGCUGGUGGAUGUUUUAUUAUAGUUCCCAUGUACGUAAAAGAAAUAAGUCAAGAUGAUAUAAGAGGAGUUCUAGGAACAUUGGUUAUAUUAUUGCAAACAACAGGUUUACUUUUCAUGUACAUCAUUGGGACAUACUUGAGUUAUUACACAGUCACAGUGAUUACCUUAACCAUCUCUAUUGCUGUAACAUUAUUUGUACUUAAGGCUCCCGAAUCACCAGCUUUUCUUGUGAAGCUAGAGAAAUAUGAAGAAGCAGCAGAAACGGUCGCAUAUCUUAGGGGUCUGAAUAAAAACGACAAAAUUGUCCAAAACGUAACGGAUUGCAUGAAAUCUGAAGAAACCUUAUUUAAAUCAUUGCCAAAUAUUUCGUUGGCUAGUAUUUUCAAGAACAGAUCCUGGCGUCGCGGGUUGUUUCUUAUUACUGCAACCUUCGUGUUUCACGGCUUGAAUGGAUCCUAUGUCAUUGUAACCUACGCUUCGACUAUUCUAAUUUCUACUGGAGUUAAAUUCGAAAUCAGUCCAGAAAUACAGACUUUCAGUUUUCCCAUCUUUAUGAUUGUGGGUUCGUUGUCACUUGCAGCUAUCGUAGAAAAAGUCGGGAGAAAGCCUUUGCUAAUAGGUUCAUUUUUAGUAACAGCCAUUUGUAUGGCUCUUAUAGUAAUAAUGAUGAUAUUACAAGAACGAGGUGUGAGUAUACCAUCGUGGUUGCCAGUUUUAGCCAUCAUUUUGGCGGUCUCAAUGUAUGGUGCUGGCGUAUCUCCUAUACCAUAUAUCAUAAUGACAGAGAUGUUUAGUUUUCAAAUUCGAGCGAAAGCAAUGGGCAUGGUUGUCACUUUCGCCUGGUCGUUGACUUCUCUAUUAGUUAUAUCAUAUACACCAUUGAAUAAUUACAUAGCGCCAUACGCACCAUUCAUAUUAUAUGCGGUUAUUAAUUUCUUGGGUUCCAUUUUCACCUUACUGUUCAUCCCAGAGACGAGAGCAAAGACCGAAGAACAAAUCAAUGCUAUUUUAGAAACUGGAAUAAUUGCCAAAAAUAGUCAUAAAUGAGAUUUUUAGAUGUGUUCCUGUAUUGCAUUUUUUUUUACCAUACUACGUCCAUAAUUAUAUUGUCUUGUUUUUUUGUUGGUAUGUUGGUAGUACACCUGGACGUAUAUAAGUACUUCAUAUGAAUUUAAGAGACAUUAUGAAAAAAAAUACAUUUGAAGUCAAAAAGCGUAUUUUUUUAUUGCAUUGUUUUCAAAUAACAAUUUAAAAAAUU